GCUAUAAAUAAGUGAGAAUUUUAGUAAAAACAAUUCUUAAAUCUGUUUUUCUAUAUAUUGCAUUCGCGUUCCAGGGAAGGGAUCAGAUCCAGAAGCAUGACACUGAGAGAAAAACUUCAAAACCCAGUUUUUGUUAUCUCUUAUUCAUUCCUCUAAUUCUCAUUGGAGAGGAAGGGCAUGCUGCGCUGUCCCCAUCCCAGAAAAAGGAUACGUCUUUGUUGAAUACUGAGUAUCUGCAGGCUCAGUUCUUUUCAGGUAUCUAGGAAAGAAGAAAAAAUUUGUAGGCUGAGGAAUUUUCAGCAUGUUCAGGUUAUCUCCACGGAGGAGUCAAAGAUCCAAAGGCUUCAAAGUGAAGCAUGCUCUACAAAUAUUUCUUCUGCUUGGCGUUUGUAUCUGGCUGGUUUACCAAAUCAGACACUCUAAUGAGAAGAAAUCAUCCUACCAACAAAGCACAAAAGCCAGCAAUGAGGUUGUCAAGUUUGGGAGGAAGGACCUCCAUCCUCACUUGGAGAAAACUUCUGUUGUAGAUGCAAGGUACAAGGAGGAGGAGGAUGAUGAACAAGAAAGCAAGCAUGAAGAGCAAAACAAACUGGAGGAUGUUAAUGGUGUGGAAGAUGAGGUCCCAAAGCAUGAGCAAAAUAACAAUGAAGACAAUUCAGAGCAUAGGCAAGAUUUGGUAGACCAAGAAACUGAAGAAAAUUCUGAAAAUGCUAGGACAGACAUGGAAGGUGAACAGCAUAGUGAGAAAUUUGAUGAAGAGAAUAACAAUAUGGACAACAAGGAGGGUGACAGUACAGUGAAGGAGAUUGAGGAGAAAAAAAGUGAAGAGGAAGACAAAGAAACUGGAGAAAUUAGAGAUGAAAAGAGUCAGCAAGAAAAUGAAGAGAUAAGCGACACAGAUGCUAAAGAUAAGGAGAGUGAAGAGGUAAACCGGACCAAAACUGAAGUGAAAGACAAUGAGGAGGAAAAUCGUGAGCAAGAUAGUAAAGAAACAAUAGAUGAAAGCAAUCAAACAGAAUCAGAGAGAGAAGAGCAUGACAAGAUUCAGGAAGAGAUUUCAUCUGAAAAUCAGGUUCAGGAUGGGGGGAAAAAUGAGGAAGAGCAUAGAGAGGAAAAUUAUUCAGGAGAUAAUGCCUCUAGUGCUGUAGACCAUAAAUCGCAAGACACCUCGGAUGAAAGUUCUAAGACAGCAGAACAAUUUGAUCAAAAUGAAAAGAGUGACUUGGAGUUGGAGUCUCAGAAAAAUGGUACUGAAACUACUGAAUUGACCGAUUCUACUGUCACAACAAACAGCCAAGGAAAUGAUCCUGAAAAUCUGGCACAAACAGAGAAUGAUUCCACAUCAGAGUCAGAUGGGCAGCAGCAAGAGCAGAAUAACCCCGCAAAGGAUGAUGUAGAAACUCUAGAUUCAUCAUCUUUGCAGAAUAAGAAUGACACAACAUCUCAUACAACUGAAAAGCAGAAUGAAGCUUCAGAAAAUGAAGAGUCCAAGGUGGAGGACUCGAGCAUGAAGAAUACAAUGCCAAAAACAGAAUAUUCUAACUCUGAUACCACUGGGGAGGAGGCUGAAACCCAUGAUAGCAAUGUAAAUAAUGGUGAAUACAAGGACACCACGAGUAAUUCGGUACAGAAUGAAAAGCCCAACAACCAAGAAGAAACGCAAGAAAAUGUUUCAUCAUACAAUACAGUUGACAGCAAAGAUGCUAGUCAUGAGGUUCAACUCACUUCCUCUGAUACUUCCUCUGACCAAAAGAAAGAUGAAUCCUUGCGCACACAAAAUAAUACCGACUCUCUGCAGGAUGAGAAUGUAAACUCUAUUCAAAGCGACACAAACAGUGAUGGAAGUGAUAAUGACAACAAAGAUUCUAGCCAGGUCAAAACCUCCGAUGCUUUAUUUGAACAAAACAAAGAGGGAUCCUCAAACCCAGAGAACUCAAACAGCAAUGAAAAUGCCAGUGACAAUGGGAAUGCAAAUCAUGAUACAAAAAACAAUGCUUCUGAUUCAUCCUAUUCUGAAGAGAGAGAUACAUCAUCAAAUAAUAAUGCUGAUGCAGGACAGGGUGAGAAUGAGACCACUGGUCAGAGUAAGAUAAGAGAAAAUGAAGGGGGUGCUCAAGAUGAAUCAACGGAGUCACAAAAUGAGAAUGGAUCUGCACACUCUGAUGGAGAUAAUCACAACUCUAAGUGGAAUGAUCAAGGAAGCUCUGAUCCUUCAAUCACUCACGAUGUUAAAGAAUCUCGCAUGGAUUUGGGAACUUUGCCAGAAACCAAUGGUGAAAGCAAUCACAAUGAGGUUACUGCUGCAGAGUGAUAAUUCAAAUAGAAUAAUUGUAUUGAGCUUCUACUUCUGAUCCUACUUCUUUUUUUCUAAUUUUGAUGAGCCAUGUAUUGUUGUUGUUUAGUUGGCCAUUGUGCUAUCAAGUUUUUUUUGUUUUCACAGGGUCAGAUUAAAAAUUUAGAAUGACCUAGGCUUUUAUUUGUGUAAAUCAUUUGCUAUUCUUCGUAUGUAACCCGGAUCCUAUUAUCGAAGCAAUAAUGAUCACUUUUUAAAUAUCAU